CAUCCAGUAUAAGUGCACUUACGUAUCGAUAAGGUAAGAUAUACCUAAGAAAAAAAAAUCGCUGUUUUUCAAAGAAACUGCAGAUAUAUAACUGCAUUUGUCAUUGUAUACUAGUGCUAAUCAACACACAGUGGUAAAAGGAAGAUGAGUUUCAAGAAUAAAGUAGUAAUUGUAACUGGUGCCAGCUCCGGCAUCGGGGCAGCAACCGCUGUGGAAUUCAGUUCCCAGGGGGCAAAAGUGAUUAUGGUGGGUCGCAAUGAGACCAAGCUGACUAAAGUGGCCUCCAAAUGCUCGCAUCCUCUUGUAUUGCUUGCUGACAUGGCCAAAGACGAAGACGUCAAACGCAUUGUUGACCAAACUAUCAAGAAAUUUGGCCAAAUAGACAUCGUAGUUAACAAUGCGGGACUUUCACGCAACGGUGGGCUCCUAGAAGACAACAUUAUGGAAGCAUACGACACCAUCAUGAACGUCAACGUCCGUGGUCUUGUGUAUCUCACAUCCCUCGCAGCUCCAUAUCUCGCUAAAACUAAAGGUAACGUCGUCAACAUAUCCAGCGCUGCUGCAUUUUUCACGCCACCAAUAGCAGGAGCUAUAAGUUAUUAUAUCUCUAAAGCUGCUGUUUGCCACUUCGGGGCAUGCGCUGCUGCAGAAUUAGCACCUUACGGAAUCAGAGUGAAUACGGUUAGUCCGGGUCCAGUCAAGACAGAUUUAUUUGAGAACUGUAACAUAGAUAUAAAAUAUAAAGACUUUGAGAAGCUGGUUGCCCUAGGCAGAGUGUCGGAGCCUAAGGAAAUAGCGGAUGUAAUCCUAUUUCUGGCAAGUGAUAAAGCUAAAGGUAUAACGGGAUCUGAUUUCUUGGCCGACAAUGGUAUGGUUAUCAAACGUGGCUAAGUUACACUAUAUGUUUCUUAACAAGCAAUACGAGAAGCGUAAAGGUUAUUUGCCAAUCCCAUCUAAGGAAUGAAGAAAAGGCCGUUUUCUUCACAUUAUAUAAUUCAUCCACGUAAUUAAGUGUCAGUUUAUUUUUUUGGAUUCAAUAAUUCCAAUGUUCAAUUAAA